GUGAGGCAAGGGCAGGUGAGUGGUUGCCGCGGCUCAGGCAGGGCCCUAGGAACACAGCUGGCCCCGAUUUUGCUCCUGCUGAGACCAGGCUUGUGCGGAUGGGCAGGCCGUGACCUCUGAGGUCUCCUCUGGAAGCCACUGUGCCAGGUGUGAGAUGCUGCGGAGGCGAGCCCGGGAAGAAGACAGUGCGGUGCUGAUCGACAUGGCCUCCCUCGAAUCAGAGAAUGGGUCCUCUUAUGGAAGCACAGCCCAUGCCUCAGAGGCAGGUAAACAGCAGGUGGCCCCCAGCAGAGUUGGGAGCCCUGCCAAACCCCCGAUCGAUUUUGUUCUUGUUUGGGAAGAAGACCUGAGGAACCAAGAGAGCCCUACCCAGGACAAGACAGACACACGUGAGUUCUGGAGGGAGACCUUUCUGGAAAAACUUCGUCUGGCUGGCCUGCAUGUAGAUCAGCAUGAUGUCCAGGACAAGGCCACUGCAGUUCACUACAUCCUCCUCAGAGCACCCUGGGCUGUACUCUGUUACUAUGCAGAAGACCUGCGCCUGAAGCUGCCUCUGCAGGAGUUACCCAACCAGGCCUCCAACUGGUCGGCCACCCUUCUGGAGUGGCUGGGCAUCCCCAAUAUCCUGCUGGAGCACGUGCCAGACACGCCUCCCGAGUACUACUCCUGCCAGUUCAAAGCAAGCAAGCUGCAAUGGUUCCUUGGAAGUGACAACCAGGACACCUUUUUCACCAGUACCAAGAGGCACCAGAUUCUGUUUGAGAUCCUGGCCAAGACUCAAUAUGGCCACGAGAAGAAAGGCUUCUUUGGGAUUGAUCAGCUGCUGGCAGAGGGUGUCUUCAGUGCGGCCUUCCCCCUGCAUGACGGCCCACUCUCUGCAGUCCCAGAGAACUCACAGGGCCCAGGGCUCACCCAGCGCCAAGUCUUACUCCAGCACUGGGCUCGCUGGGGCAAGUGGAACAAGUACCAGCCACUGGACCACGUGCGUCAGUACUUCGGGGAGAAGGUGGCUCUCUACUUCGCCUGGCUUGGGUUUUACACAGGCUGGCUCCUGCCUGCAGCAGUGGUGGGCACAGUGGUGUUCCUGGUGGGAUGUUUCCUGGUCUUCUCAGACAUACCAACGCAGGAGCUGUGCCACAGUUCCGAUGGCUUUGACAUGUGCCCACUCUGCGCUGACUGUUCUUUUUGGCUGCUCUCCAGUGCCUGCACCCUGGCCCAGGCUGGGCGCCUCUUCGACCAUGGCGGCACUGUCUUCUUCAGUUUGUUCAUGGCACUGUGGGCGGUGCUGCUUCUGGAGUACUGGAAGCGGAAAAAUGCCACAUUGGCCUACCGCUGGGACUGCUCUGACUAUGAGGACAUUGAGGAGAGGCCUCGGCCCCAGUUCGCUGCAAAGGCUCCUCUGACAGCCCUGAACCCCAUCACUGGGGAAGACGAACCCUACUUUCCUGAGAAGAGCCGCAUGCUGGCUGGCUCUGUGGUUCUCCUGAUGAUGGUGGCCGUGGUGAUUAUGUGCCUCGUGUCUAUCAUUCUGUACCGGGCCAUCAUGGCUGUGCUUGUGUCCAAGUCAGACAAUGCCUUCCUUUCGGCCUGGGCUCCACGAAUUGCCAGCCUCACAGGGUCAGUGGUGAACCUUGUCUUCAUCGUCAUCCUCUCCAAGGUCUACGUGGUCCUGGCCCAGGUCCUAACAAAGUGGGAGAUGCACCGGACACAGACCUCAUUCGAGGAUGCCUUCACCCUCAAGGUGUUCAUCUUUCAGUUUGUCAACUUCUACGCCUCGCCUGUGUACAUUGCCUUCUUCAAGGGCAGGUUUGUGGGAUACCCAGGCAACUACCACACCUUGUUUGGAGUCCGAAAUGAGGAGUGUGCGGCUGGAGGCUGCCUCAUUGAGCUGGCACAGGAGCUCCUGGUCAUCAUGGUGGGCAAGCAGAUCAUCAACAAUGUGCAGGAGGUCCUUGUCCCAAAGAUGAAGGGCUGCUGGCAGAAGCUGUACUCCAGGAGAGGGAAGGCUGGCACGGGGGCCCACCCAGCACCUUGGGAGGCCGACUACGAGUUGCUGCCUUGUGAGGGGCUGUUCCACGAGUACCUUGAAAUGGUGCUGCAGUUCGGAUUCGUCACCAUCUUCGUGGCCGCCUGCCCGCUGGCGCCGCUUUUUGCCCUGCUCAACAACUGGGUGGAGAUCCGCCUGGACGCGCGCAAGUUCGUGUGCGAGUACCGGCGCCCGGUGGCCGAGCGCGCCCAGGACAUCGGCAUCUGGUUCCACAUCCUCGCGGGCCUCACACACCUCGCGGUCAUCAGCAACGCCUUCCUGCUGGCCUUCUCCUCCGACUUCCUGCCGCGUGCCUACUACCGCUGGACGCGCGCCCCCGACCUGCGCGGCUUCCUGAACUUCACGCUGGCGCGCGCGCCGCCCGCCUUUGCGGCUGCGCACAACCGCACUUGCAGGUACCGGGCAUUUAGGGAUGAUGAUGGACACUAUUCCCAGACUUACUGGACUCUCCUGGCUAUCCGCCUGGCCUUUGUCAUCGUGUUUGAGCACGUGGUGUUCUCCACUGGCCGUCUUCUGGAUCUCCUGGUUCCUGACAUCCCUGAGUCUGUGGAGAUCAAGGUGAAGCGGGAAUACUACUUAGCUAAGCAGGCCCUGGCUGAGAAUGAGACAGGCUCUCCUUGGAGCAACAGGAGCGAAGGAUGACCAGCUUCCAAGCUCAGAGUCUGGGCCUUCCAGCCUAGGGUCUUAGAACUAGUAACCUCCUCUCCUCCGUCUCUGAGGUCACUCUCACCUCUGAGGGUCACUGGAGGCUGACACACUUGCCUGGAAGACUGCUGAAGAUGUAAUAGGAAGACAGUUCACCGUGCAUGUCCUUGGAGGCCAUGGCCAUGCUCCUGGCCCCAGCUCAACUUACCCCUCCGCUUGGUUUAGAAUAACCAGGCCCCUGGCUGCCAGUCUUCAGCUCAUACAUACUGCUUGGCCACCACCCCUACUAGGUAUUCCUUAAGGCCACCCAAAUGGAGCAGCAGUGCUUGUUGACCUUCAGGGGGCUAUGCCCUACUGCCAUCCCUAAGUCCCUGAGCCAAUGGCUUGUCUCCCUUUAUCUCAAGGCAGAAGGGCUAUCUGGAAUGCUGGCUUCUGUGGCUCUCAUUUUCACAGUGCUGGCCAUUGUACUCAGAGAAUCUGUCCUUCCCUUGCCUCAGGCAGGACUUCCUCUUAUCUCCAGUGGGAAGGAUCCCUGCAUGCCUCUGCAUGUGACCAGGAGGUGGCUUUACUGUUGACAUAUCCUCCCACCCCCUGUCCUCACCCUUAGGCAUAAGUCCUCUGUCAACUGAGGUUAGACUCUGGGGUCCCUGCCUCCUCAGGGAUUUACUCAGUUAUUUGCAGCAUUCCUUGUGAUAGUGUCGGUCCGACCACCCCUCCAGACCCACCCUCUGCCUCUCCUCACAUGGCCAUUACACAUCUGCAUAUCUGGCUCAGACCACACCCCAGGCCACAGUAGGAAGCCUGUGCCUGCUCUUUCUUGCAUACCUAAUUACCCAAGGCCUCUGGGUUCUGGCUGUCUUGGCCUCUAUCCUGACAGAUCAAGGGCCUCUGCAGUACCUAUCCCCUUUGUCUCCCGUGCUUUGUCUCCAGUGCUGGGCCUUCCAGUGCUGGGCCUGGGACUCAGCACAUAGCGAGCACAGAACGGAGAAGGCUGUGGAAUGAAGCCUUACCCCUUUCAGUGGAGCUGAAAAACAAAACAAAACCAAACAACUAGAUUUCUGUGACACCUAGUGGACCUUUUCCAUUCUCCCUUUGUGUUUACAUACAACUACUUUUCAAAUUGGGUACAAUUAGGGCCUUUUCCCGUUGCUUGCCUUCUGUUAGCUGGGUUAACUGAUGGCUAAUUCCAGUUAUUUCCUAUCCACUCAUGAUGGGAUAUGGGUCUUUCCUCCUCUUCUGCCAUUCAGCCACACUGGAAUAAAGGUCUAAACGUCA